AUGGUUGUUUGUCUAUAUGUGCCCUGUGAUUGGCUGGCGACCAGUCCAGGGUGUACCCCGCCUCUCACCCGAAGUCAGAGGAUAAGUGGUAUAGAAAAUGUGUGGAUGUUUUGUAUAUACUUUAUUGCGUUUAGGUUUUUCGUACAGCAUUUUGGUCCUUUUUUAAAGUGUUUUACAAAUAAAGCUGGAUUGGAUUGGAAAUAAUAAACACGUUAAUAAACAUAUUGUUAUAUUGAUACCUUUCUGACAGUCAAUCAAAAGUGAGCAUUAUUAUAUUUGUUAAAGAAGAAUGUUUGUGCAGCUGUUGCAUAAUAUUGUGGCCUGUGAAUGUGCUCAUGCAAUGAUUGGUACUUCACGGAGGCUAAUUGUUUUGAUUAGGGAUCGCUGAUGAUUCUGGUUCAUACUCUAAUACUUUCUCCUAAGCUUGUGAGACAUUUAUGUGAGACAAGAGGCUGGAGGUCAACUUGAGAGCUCUCAAGGAACAUGUACAUAUGUAGGAAGUAGUACACAUUAAAGGAAGGGGAAAAAAGGGAUUUGCCAUGGACAAGAAUGUGUUGUGGCAUCUGGGGCCAAUGUGUCAAUCACCUUUUGCAUGAUUACCUCAUUUAGCCACGGAGUGACAGAGUGUUAGAUAUGCUCACAGUGGGGAGAAAGUCUGUUCAUGUUGGCAUAUGUUAUUAGGGGGGCUUGAACUCUGCAAUACCAUGGUUGUUGAGGAUGAAUGCUUCCAAUAUUUGGCCAUGAAGAGGGAAGGCUCAGUAAAUGAUAUCUGCCUCAAAGAGCGCAACUAAGCCAGACCGCUGAAUUAUUAAAAAGAGCUGAGCCCUUCACUUUUAACUUGGAAGCAAAUAUAAUACACAGACAAUGUUUCUCCUAACAGAAGUCUCCUGGAAGUCUUUAGUUUAUUGCUCCAGAGAUUAACGCGAACCUGAGAAGGAGAAGAACGAAGACAGUUUGUGUGUGGCAGGCAACACGCUCACUCGGCUGACGUGUGAAGCUAAGAACUAGCACAUAGGACUCACGCAAACCUGCCAGCAUUUUUCAUUUUCAAGUUUAACACACUUUGUUGGCUUGUGUGUGUGGGUGAACUGGAAAUCCUAGUUUUGAUUGGGCAAGCAUUUUACCAUGUACGUUCAGAUAAGGAAUUUGGAAUGUGUAAACAUGCCACUUGUAUAAUUUGCCACGAGUAGGACAAACUAUCAUUCAGUCUUUAUUUAUUUAACAGCAUGUUUGUGUGAGGUCGUGGGAGACUUCUCCCUAUCGAGAGUGGCUGAUGUGCUGCUAAGUAAUGAGUCAGUAGAACAGAAAGAAGUCCCCUCCUCUUGCUUUUACUCACGCACUUUAACACACACAUAUAAGGAAAGGGAGUCAUGGGACAGAUAAAGUUAAGUGGGGGUGUCAUGGAAUGACUCUCUGGGAGGUGGCGGUGAUGAACUAUUUUCAUUCCCCUUUGGUUAACCCUCAGGCCGUAAAACAGCACCUUCUUUCAACAAUAGGGCUUCUUCACAGAGUGAGGUGCCCUCGGACCGACAAGCCGGGAGCAGGGUGCCUUUUAGCAGGGCCAAAUAGGUUGCUAUGGUGAUGGUUGUCAUCUGGGAAGUCUUCUGCAGAGGCAGGGAGGGCCAGGGCUGGGAGGGAGAGGUAGAGAGCUUUUAGAGUUGUGACACGUCUGACUAGAUCGACAGAGCUGGGAAGGUCUGCAGAGGUGUGAGUACUUUGGAGUUAUUUUGGGAGCGGAAUCUGACAUCUGCCACACAAGGAUAGAUCAGACAACUCAUGCAGUCACAGCGUCGUGUUGAAGAGGCUUGCUGUCCAAAUGGCUUCUCCACAGAGACUGUGGGUCCAUCUGGUCAGCACAUCCUAACAUCUCCAGAUCUGACCCAAGAGGUGGUCAUCUCUCCGGGGCUGCCUACUCCUCCCCUGAGCCCCUUCCGCUCUGCAAGAGUUGCAUCUGGAGAGUUCAAGGCGUCAGAGGUCAAUGGAAGUGGUCAAAUGUCUCCAAGUUUUGGAUCAUACUAUGGCCCCUCACAAUCGCAUGGGGGGCUCACCAAUGGGAUCCACGCUUCACCCACAAGGGAAGAAAGGCUCAUCAAAUUCUCAGGAAUUGGUCCAGUUGAUGAAACAGGGAUGCCCAUUGCCUCCAGAUCAAGUGUAAACAAGCCCAAGGACUGGUACAAGAGCAUGUUCAGACAAAUUCACAAAAAGCCAGAGGACUCUGAUCUGGAGGAUUCGGAGAGCUGGACCACUAGACGCCUACAGGGCUCUGAAAACACAGAGGAUGAAGAAGCUGACAAACACCUCUUCAGGCUGACACCGCAUGGAGCUUUGCCAGACUGGAGCCAGGAUGUCGGCGAGCUGUCAGACCCAGGGAAUCUGCAACGUAAACCUAAGAGCAUAUUCGACUUUGAGCCUGGAAACGACGUCUCGUCUCUAAGCCUCAAGCAGAGUCACGUGUUUCCACAAAAACAGGCUGAGAAGCCUUCUUCUGUUGAGGCCAGUCUGGUCUCUGAGCUGAGUCGCUUUGAGGCUGAGUUGGACUCGGAUAUCCAGGGUUUGGAGAGGAGACUUUCCCAGAAGAAACAGCAGCGUCGAGGCUGGGGUGAGGAGACCAGGACCAGGGACGCAGUGACUACUGCAAAGACAGGAACUACAAAUUACAGUUCACCAGUGUCAAAGCAACCCAUCCAUCACUCUGUUGGCACCACAUCAGUCUUCACUCCUACAUUUGAUCGACUUCCUGCUGCUAAUGACACAAUGGAGCGUUCACCGAAGAUAGAAGAAAAGAAGAUGAAAGCGGCACGGGCCAAAUUCAAUUUCCAGGCUCAGUCACAAAAGGAGCUCACACUACAUAGGGGCGACAUUGUUUACAUCCACAGACAAAUAGAUGAUAACUGGUUUGAAGGAGAACAUCAUGGCAGAGCAGGCAUCUUUCCCACUACCUAUGUGGAGAUUCUGCCUCCAUCUGAGAAGCCGACGCCUAUAAAAACACCCAGUGUACAGGUUCUAGACUAUGGUGAAGCAGUAGCACUGUAUAAUUUCAAUGCCGACCUUCCAGUUGAACUUCCUUUUCGGAAAGGAGAAGUAAUAAGUAUAACCAGAUGUGUUGAUGACAAGUGGCUGGAGGGGAGGAUCUCAGGGACCAACCGGAGUGGCAUCUUCCCUGCCAGCUAUGUUCAGGUCAACAAGAUGCCUCGCACCAAAUGCUCCAUGCAUGACUACUCAACAGGCCCAGUGUCUCCUAUGUCCCCUGGACCGCAGAGUCCAGGACGUCCACUCCACUCACCUUGUCUGCAGACACCUUUGUCCCCUUUCAGCCCCACAUGCAUCAGCCCCAGACCAGAUCACUCCCCCGUGAAGUCUUCUUCACCUCUACCUUCCGGUGUUGCUUUACAGUCACACUCUCUAGCCCUACCUAAAGAAACAGCCAAUCAAUGGUCUCCCGGUUCCUCCAAACCUUCCUCACCUGCCAACCACGCUGUGUCACCUUCUGCUCAGUCACCAGCAUCUGCACACGGCACAGGACAGCCCACAGUGACUACUUCCAGAUACAAUGAUCCAUCACAGGGUGCUCUAUUCAAUCCCCGUGCCAACUCGCUCCCACCUUCACAAGUGCCAAAGACUGAUAAUUCCACAAUGAUGCAACAACAACUGUAUAAAGCUGUGUAUAACUACAAACCACAGAAUGUAGACGAGUUGGAGCUCAAGGAAGGCGACAUUGUACAAGUAAUGGAGAAAUGUGAUGAUGGCUGGUUUGUAGGUACGUCAAAAAGGACUCAUGCUUUUGGGACUUUUCCUGGGAAUUAUGUGUCACCGGUUUGACUUCUUGUUUGACCACAUUCACCUGGACAUCCACAAGCACUCAACAACUAGAGGGAAUAUUUGUUGUUGCACACCUAAGUCAUACAUGCAUGAUCACUACUAAGAGAUGUCCUCACCUUCCUGCAUGAGUGCAUGUGUGUGUUGCACUGGCUUAUUGGUGUUUCCACACUCACGCACCAUUAUCAUAAGAAAGACUGGAUGCUGAAGACUCUGUUUUGACUACAAAAACAUCUUAUUGCUCUAUGCACCUACGCCAAAUUGAUAUUUUUCCAGAGUUUAGGACUGUUCAUAUGUCCUGUAUUCAGCGUUCAGCCAGCACUGUGACAACACAAACCACUGAGUUGUGAAUUUGAAAUAAUUUGCUGACUCAAUUGAUUAACAUUUCCAUAAAAUGUGUGUCUCAGAUUAUCUUUCAGAGCUUUGAAGACAUUUGAAGAAACUACAUGACACUCCAUAGAUAUUACAUCUACCAUUAUAGGUUUCUAUCUUUCUACAAAGUUAUUCAGACACUGGUUUCUUGCUAUUCUUUGUUAAAUGUCUAACGUCAUUGUCCGACCAUAACCAUACAUAUUGUCUCACCAUUUUACUCUACAUGCUGUGAAAAAAUAAAAAAGACAAAACAUGUUUUUUGUGCUGACAUAAGUUUCUCUCAUCAAAUAAUAAUAAUUUUAUAAUAAAUUAAACAUCUGUUAAGUAGACAAAGCCUCCACAGUUCCGGGACUGAAUGGCCCUCCUUAAGGAUAUACCUAUUUUAUUCUUGUCUUGUCCUAAAAACUUUAUUACUUUCUUUUUGCAAAAAUCAUCAUUCUGAGUGUAAGCUUCGCUAAGCUUAGUAUAAACCUUUGAAAUGAAACUUCUAUUUUAUAUAACAAAGAUUGUUGUGUAAAUCAUGUUCUCCACAGGUGAUUGUACAGUGUAACCUUUUGUCAAAAUUGCAAACUUUAAUAUAUGUGCCUAUGAAAUAUUGGAUUUUACAGCAUGUAUGGUAUGUGUUUUUUAAACUGUUAAUUAAACA